AUGAUUGAGGAAAUGUUCAACUCUGCAGAACUGCGUGGGGAGACUGUUUGGCCAGAAGUUAUCAUGAAGGUGAAAGUACUUCUGCUCCCUCUGUUUUGCCUCCUUACAUUAUUAACAGGUGUGUGUCCCCAGGGACCCACAGAGAUAUAUGUCAAGGCAGGUGAGAUGGUGGCUCUGUACUGCCCUCGUUACAGAGGGUAUGAUCAUGGUGAUGCCAAACUGAUCUGGACCCGUUACCACACCCAGGACAUGGAUCUGACCAACAGCGUGUCAUCAGCUGAGCAGAGGCAGAUGGGCAUACUGGUUCAUGAGAGGAGCCUUGUGAUUCUUAGUGCUUCUGUAAACCAUCAGGGGAAUUACUCAUGCUCUCAGGGGAAUGCCAGCACCUGGUUCAGGCUGACAGUUCUCACACCACAGUCCAGAGAGUAUGAAAAGAUGACCCAGUACUCUACAACAGGUUACACAGAAGAGGCCUUCACAUUGCAUUGCCCUGAUGUAAACAUAGCUGCUGAAAACAUCCCAAAUAUUACCAGCAACGGCAUUAUAUGGCACAAGGAGGGCGAGUCAUUGCCAACACACAGUUACUUCUCAAGUGUGAAAGAGAAUGAUCAUGGUGUCUACACCUGUACCAGAUCUUACCUGUGUUAUGGUCAAAUAUAUAACAUGACCUUUACAGUGGUGCUUCGUGUCCAACAAAAGGUAAAACCUGUGAAAGAUGCCGAAAUCAGAGAACCGCCGAAUAAUCAUGUAUUUCAUGUAGAUUUGGGCUCACCAAAAGUGAUUGAUUGUAAAGCUGUUAUUCAUUCAAACUUUGAUGAGGUAUUCUGGUUAAGUGGGAAAUCAUUCGUGGAAACCGACAACAGCUUACCAGUUUUCUACAAUUUCACAAAGAACAACAAUACUGGAAAAAUAAUGACAGCAUCUCUCGUCUUUAAAAAAGUGUCAGAGGAGGAUCUAUUGAAAAAUUACACCUGUAAACUGACCUCUGUAUCUGAACACUCAAACUUUGUCACCAUCAACUUGGCCCAAAAACCUCGCCCUUCUUACCUUUCCCUGGCUCUUGGCAUUGUCGGUAUUGUGGUGGUGAUGGUUUUGACAGUAGUUAUCUAUGUGAGGUUCAAAAUUAACAUCACUCUUUUCCUAAGAGACACUAUUGGCUGCCAUAGCAGCACCUCAGAUGGAAAGAGCUAUGAUGCCUUUUUGAUCUGUUACAAGAGCAACACAGACGCAGGACUACAUGAAGAUGACAGAAAAGAGCUGGAGAAUGUUUUGGAAGAGAGGUUUGGUUACAGUCUCUGUCUUUAUGAUCGUGACGUCUUACCGGGGAAAGCGGUAGCAGAGGCAGUGUUGGACUGUAUAGAGCAGAGUCGCACGGUGGUUUUGGUUCCCACCUCUCCGGAUCCUGGUCCAGGAUCUGGCCUGCUGAGUGCCAUCCAUGAAGCCCUUGUGGAGCGACAGACUCGCUUGGUUUUCAUCCAAACUGAGACAACAGAUGUGUCGAGAUCAGGUUCGUUACCAGAGGCCUUACAGCUUCUUGGCGAGGCUGGAGACUGUGUCACCUGGAAGGGCAUAAGCUCCAUGCAGCCCUCCUCCUCCUUCUGGAAGCAGCUACGUUAUUACCUACCUUCCCCGCAGCAUGCACCAAAAGUAAGGCUUUUACCUUAGACAAUCCAGGAUGGUAUGUCAUUGUAAAAUGUUAAGCCAAGUCAGUAUUUGUUUUCCAUUUACACAGAACACCGGAUUGUUUUUCAGUGCACAUAGAAAAUAGACAGCUAGGUGACCGUGAGGAGAUAUUCGCUGUAUUGGAUUAACAUCACUUACUAUACCUUUUAAUAUUGAUUGAUUGAUUGAUAUUUUUAUUUACCUGUCAUGCCACUAAGUGGCCCAGCCCACACGGAAUUACAUGACACCAAUUACAACAGUAAUUAAUUCCACACAUUCCUUAUAAUUGUAUACUACAAAUGCAGUAUAUAAAAAAUGCAUACAUACAGUAAUCAAUAGGAUGCAUUAUAAGCUGAUUGUAAGAAAAUUCAGAUCCCCGACCACUCCAAUGGAUGCAUUUCUUUAAAAGAAUCCAGAGUAAAAGCUAUAAAUCUUUCAUAUAAUAUUUUGACAUUAAUAAGUGAUAUAACAUCUCAUGUUGACACAAUACACAGUUUAAACACAAAUGAUGUAUGCUACUUACACAAUACAAUAUUAUUAUUAAAGUACUUGCCAUGCUUGCAGUCAGAUGACAGUAAUCAUAGAUCUAGACAUCCUAGAAAGGUUAUGGCCAUUGGAAUGGUCGGGGGAGCUGACGGGUUAAUAUUUUUAUUUAUUAUACAACUUGGUUGAAUACUUGAUUCUGGUCAAUCACGGCAUUCUGCUGCCUGCUAUUCUGUAUACCAGAUCAUUGCUAAGUAUAACGGACCAUUGCCAUGGGCGGAGUGUUGAUCAUAGACUCUGGCAGACCAUUUUUAAAUCAAUAGAAUUGUUUUUAAAUUAAUAUUUGUACUCAUACCAAGCUCAUACCACUGAUCAGCGGAUCACAAAGGGAGAGAGAGGGUGGAUGAAACAGAAAUCAGUAACAUUAUUGUGAAUUGAACCCCUUCAGACCGUUGGGAUUCUUAUUUACAAUAAUGAUCGACUCGCUCUACAUUGUCCCUUACCUAUACCUUGUAUUCUUGAAUUGCCCUCAAUAAGUUUCCUUUUUAGUAUGAAAGCUGACACAAGGAACUUGUCCUGUUAGCUGCAAAGACAUACUGUAAUUAUACAUGAAAAGGAAAAAUGCUUCUUGUUAUUACAUUAGUAGCCUAUACAUGAUUACAUUAGCCUAUACACUGACACAUCCAGAAUUGUAUAGUGUAUUCUAAAUACUGUUGAGAUGUUUCUUUUUAUAGUGGCUCAUUAAUUAAAAUCCCUGUUUUAUAUUUUAAUGGUGUAACUGGAUUUCCCUACUUUAUUAUUACACAUUUUCCUGCCAUGCACUGUGUGUAAUUGUUCUUUGGGAAACAUUUACAUACAUUUGUUUUAAUAUUGUACUGUCACUGUCAUGCUGCACUUCAUCCUUCAUCCAUUUCCUCUAUCACUGCAUGUACUGUACCAUGAAAUGAGUUACUGUGAUGCCCUGAGGCAAAAAUAUGUUUGAAAUGUACUUAAAUAAAUAAUAUUUUUGCCUA